AUUCCCUAAUCUCCCUACUCUCGCUCUGCUGCUCAUACUAAUGAUCUUGGACGUUGACUCGGCUUGAUUUGUGACCAGGACCACGCGAGUCUCUUGCCAUCGACAUGCGUUUCGCUUUCUUUGCUCAGACCAUCGUCAGCGGUCUAAUUUUCGCCGCCAAUGCCGCCUCUCUUCAAAACCGAGUAGCCGCAUGUGGGCCACUACCCGCGGGUGCAGGACCAAAAUCUGAUCCCGAUACCGUUGCAGCCUUCCUUGCGUUGCCGGCGAUCUCUAAUGCUGCUAAUGGAGCAUCAACUCCGCAGGGUUAUAUCAAGCAAUACUCUAAUGUUCAGGGCUCUAGCGUUGUAACGAAAGAAUAUCUCGGCGUCGCCUAUCUACAAUCGUACAACGUCGACACCUGUGCCGCCAAAUGUAACGCUCUUCAACGUUGUAAUUCGUUCAACAUCUACUUCGAACGCUACCCUUCCCUUGAGCCUGGCUCGGGCAACUCGGGAUGCGCAAAUCCUCCCAGCACGACUAACAUUAAAUGCGUCUUUUUCACCGGAUCAAUCACGGCCGCAAUGGCUACUAACAGGGGGCAAUUCCGCAACAAGUUUCAGGUCGUUAUUGCAGGCUCCAAUGGUUAUACAAACCCGGUCUAUCUGGUUAAUCAGGCUCGUAAUGAGAUCGGAGUGCCGAGCAACGCGGCUCAGCCCUACUGCUCUUCUAUCCUUGGCUAUAAUAACCCUACCCUCACCACUACUAUUGUAACCACUUCAACGCCGCUCAGCGUUCAGGCUACGACAGGCACCCAGACGGUUAUCACUACAGCCACUCACAUAGAUGCUACUACGACAACCAUCACCGAGGUGGUCGUCGCUACGAUUACAUCGGCUGUACCAACGACUGAAAUCAAAACCGACGCUGUCCUCACCACCAUCACGUCUACCACUUCCGCGAGCACGACCCUCCUCUUGACAACUACCGUCUCAACAACGACACUGAGCAUUCCCACUACAACAGUGGUGACAUCCACGGUAACUGCGGCGCCUGGUACCUUCAGCAAGCGCGACAUCAGUCUGCCAUCCGUCCUGAGCAAAUACCCUGCGGCAGUCAUUUCCUCGGCAUGCUCCCUCGCCGUUUCACCUGCGACUAAGACCAGCAUAGUGACCAGCGUCAGUAUCUCGACGAUCAGCAGCACCGUCUUUGCGACGCAGGUCACAUUCACCACGACGGCCACCACCGCCACCGUCACUAGCUAUACUACCAUUGGAGUCACGGACACUACUUCUACUACGACGACGGCCUUUACAAGCCCCACCUUCACGGUGACAACCACCAAAAUCAACACUAACGUCGUCCCCGAGUCUACCACCAUCACCUUGACGAGCAUCGUAGAUGAUGUUGCAACCUCAACCACAGUACCUAUAGUCACCUCCACUGCUAUCACCACUAAGACCGCCGUGUCCCCCUGUGCGGCAACCAACUACCUUUUCCAGAUCGUUACCAAUUCCAACCUCAAUGGGCAGUGGGUUACAGCCGAAGACCCGGAACCACCCACCGUCAAUACUAUGGGAUGGACUGGUAUCCGGGGCCUUUUCGGCAUCACCAACGCGCGCCAAUUCACGGUAAACAACAACGACGAACAAGUCACCUCCCUCGCCGCUACUGGCGAGACCUAUUUUUGGGUCACUUCGAUUCUCAACACAAACCUCCAAUUCGGGCCUUACAGGGGAGGCGCUGCCUUCUUCUCUCCAGUCUCCUGCUCCGUGGAGUCCAGCACGGAUGGGGCGGUCACUACAGUCGGCGCAACGGGCGUCCUGAUGUGCCACUCGAGUACUGGAGCUGCGUUGGCGAUUGGCGCCUGUCCCGGUUCCUUUCUCUCAGUGAGUCCGACUGUCAGUAGUACUUGUGAAGCUGUCACGCUUGCGGCGAUUCCCUUGGGUCCAGCUUGCUAGAUGGGUGGGUUGCCAAACGAAUGAGAUUUCCAUCUCGUUGUUCGCUUUUGUCCUAUCUUUCUUUGAUCGGGGUGGCAUCUAUCAUUUUCGGUAUAGAUACCUAUUGAUUUCCACGCCAUGCUGCCUUGUUCAGUA